GGCCCCGCCCCCCCGUAACGGGCCGUGAGGCGCCGCUGUCACCGCGCGAGGGGACGCGGCCGGGCCGCCCUCACACAGCGCUGCUCCUGCGGGGACACCGCGGAACGGCACAGGGGAAAGUCUGCGUGCGUGAUAUUCUAAAAAAAAGGGAGACAGCGGUGUUGUGGUGUUGUUGGUUUGGGGUUUUUUUUUUUUUUUGGUCCUCGUCUGUUUGGAUUUCUUUCUAAACUUAUGAAAAAUGGCAACAGCAGCAUAUGUGGACCAUUUUGCGGCAGAGUGCCUUGUUUCCAUGUCAAGUCGUGCUGUUAUCCACAGUCCCAGAGGGGAGCCUGAUCCCCAACCUGGUGAAGCAAUAUUUCCUCCAUCCAAUGGAGAAGAUAAGCGGGAAGUCAGAGAAGCCGGGAAGGACAAUGGACCCUCGUUACUGGUGGUAGCCAGCAUUUUAGCAGACCUGAACCAGCAUGUCCCAAACUCACCUGCGCUGAGGAUGGAAAACACGGAGACCCUUGAUAGAACAGAACAAAUACACAUUUCCAUUGCUCCUAAGGAGUUUGGGGAAGAAAGUGUGUCUUCGGCUGGUAAGCAUGGAGGAGAGCGAGCAGCCACACCUACCAGCCUGGCUGCAGUCACUGAGCCAAGCCCCAGACAAAAGAACAAACGCAUAAGAAGCUGGACUGACCCUGGAUCACCCCAGAAAAAGCACAAAUGCCACUAUGUGGGGUGUGAAAAAGUUUAUGGCAAAUCUUCCCAUCUUAAAGCUCAUCUAAGGACCCACACAGGUGAGCGGCCCUUCGAGUGCAGCUGGCCGGGCUGCACGAAGAAGUUCGCCCGCUCGGACGAGCUGGCGCGGCACCACCGCACCCACACGGGCGAGAAGCGGUUCCGCUGCCCCCUGUGCGAGAAGCGCUUCAUGCGCAGCGACCACCUGACGAAGCACGCGCGGCGCCACGCCAACUUCCAGCCGGGAAUGCUGCGGGGCCGGGCGGGCAGCGGCUCCAGGGCCGGCUCCCUCAGUGACCACAGCCGCUCGGACGCCUCCAGCCCCACGCUGAGCCCCGCCAGCUCCCCGUAGCCCGCCCCGCUGCCCGCGGCACCGCGCCUCCGACGCCCAGGGGACUUCGGCUUGUGUUGCACACCUUUGGAAAACUGUUGUUUCCCUCCCCUACGCCCCCUUCUUAAAAAAAAUCAGUAAAUAGCUUCCUCCCACUGCAAUUUCUAGUCAAAGUUGCUUUACCCGACCACACGAGUGGCUAUUCUAACCUCAUGGAUGGACAAACUUACAUGUUACACUUAGUGACUCCUGCUGUCUCAAUAUUUCAUAUAUUUUGCAACCAUUUAUGGAUCCUCUUCAUUAUUCUUUAUAAGAAAAUGAGAAAAAAUAAAAAAAAAAAGGCAAAAAGCCCCAC